GAGCUACCGGUCAGUUGUACAUUUCAUUUGUCAGUGUUUAUCGCCUCUUAUAAGAAAAAUUAUAAAGUAUCCCUUGAAUUUAAAAGGGUCUACAAAUAUGGGCACCUACAUACAAUUAAGCAAAUAUACUGAGUAACGACGAGGUCAAAGAGGUUCCCGCAAAACGAUCUAUAUCUUUUAGCGUAACAUAACGAGCUAAGUAGCUUAGCAUUGAUUAGCAUAGUUUGGAAAGCACAAUCAUGAGCCUCGCAGUUGGCCGCGAACCCAGAAAGACUGCGGGAAACCGUAUGUCCAAACUACUGGAUGCUGAAGAAGAGGAUGAGUUCUACAAGACCACUUACGGAGGGUUCAACGAUGAAUCGGGAGAUGAUGAGUAUCAUGGAGAACAUUCAGAUACAGAGGACGAAGUUGACAGUGACUUCGACAUCGAUGAGGGUGACGAGCCGGACAGUGACCAGGAGGAGGACGCACCUCGGAGGAAAAGCCGGGUUGUCACCAAAGCUUACAAGGAGCCAAUAAAGGUGCCAAAGCCCAAACCUAAAAGAACCGAGGAGCAGAAGAAGACGGAGAAAACUAAAGUGGAGCCGAAAAGGAGGAUUCCACCAGAAUUCCAAGAUUUUGCAGAGACUCGGAAGUCUGUCCGACAGUCCACCAGUGAACAUACACGAAAGACGAAUCUGCGCUUACAAGAACGCCAGGACGCCCCGCGAAGGCGACGAGGCGCUCAUCGUGACCGACCCCUCACCCAGGAAGAGCUGCUGGCUGAGGCGAAAAUAACAGCCGAGAUCAACAUUCGAUCACUUGAAAACUACGAACGUCUGGAGGCAGACAAGAAGAAACAAGUCCACAAGAAGCGGCGUUUUGAAGGACCAACCAUCCGUUACCAUUCAGUCCUUAUGCCCCUCGUCUCAAACUCAGUCCUUAAAGAAGAAAAUGUUGAUGUUGAGGGGUUGGACCAGGAUGUUCCCCAGACUGCACCACAGAAUCCCACCACACCUUCCCAGCAGCCUGCCGGAGGCCUAUGCUCCCGCACUUAUAUAACAUUCAGUGACGACGAAGCGUUUGAGGUCGCCUUCCCGCCAAGCUCCCAGACGAGUCCUCAGGUGCCCGUCCAGGAGGUUUGUCCUGUUACCCACAAGGCCGCGCUGUACCGAGACCCAGUCACAGAUAUACCGUACGCUAACACACGAGCUUUCCGCAUCAUCCGGGAAGCAUACCGCAAAUACGUGGCCGCUCAUGGAUUUCCGAACACUUCAGGAGGGUCGACGGUACUUGACUCCUCAGCAGCGAAGGGCGCCCGGCAGAAAAUGGUUAUGAAACAGAGUGCGGCUGCUACAUAGAUUAGUUUCAAAAAGAUGGUAAAGGAGUUGGUUUCUGUUUGAAAUUCUCAGUGAAAUGAUCGAAAACACUGUUUUUAUUUCUGUCCUUAUAGCUCACGAGGAGUCUGGUGGAAAAAACUGACAUUUUGGGUUUGAGCUGUCACUGAGCUACUAAAAAGGAAAAAAAACAAACAGUAGUAGAACCAAAACAGCUGCCGCAUGGCCUUAAAAUGUAAGAAGUCUUAUUUGUGAAGUCUGUGUGAAAAUCAGCUGAAAAAGGCGUGCUUCUGCACAGUGGCAGCUGUGAUUGUUCUUUUUAUUUUGUUUGUUUGUUUUAGAUUCAUGUUUUAUACUUAUUUUUCUUUUUGUGUCUGCAAAUAUUCUCAUCAAAAAAUAAAUUUUGGGAACUUGUAAUAACUGAGAGUUAAGAGAGUUCUGCUUUAUAAUGAAAAAUGGGACGCCUGCACAGCAGGAACUACUGAAAAAAACUGGGGAAAAAAGCCCAUCAUCAUCAUAAAAUCAUCUUCGUUUUCACCAGGCUAAAAUCCAUUUAAUCUGUCAUGCCCUUCUUAAUUUACAGUGUAGUAUUUGUUUGUUUUGUUUUUUUUAUUUUUGAGUGAUAGAAGGCAAAGAACUAAAUGUCAUGUUUUGGUUUUUAAUUUUCAGUCCAGCACCGUAACUAAAAAAACAUCAGACUGUUUUGGAAAAUCUGGGCCCCGGAGUUUAAUUAAUUGUCUGCGUCUGACAAAUCACUGAGACACUUUUAAUUGAUCAAAGCUUUAAAUCCUCCCUCCUGUUAUACAUUUUAAUUUUUAACACAGAAGCAAGCAUAAGAUAUUCUCUUUUAUGGGUGAGAGCGAGGCAGUUUCUUCCACAUUUAUCUCCUGGUUCUUUCUUAAUGUGUAGUCUGAUAGUUUAAAUUUUAUUUUAUUUCCUCUAUCUGCCUCUGUGCAGACAGGGCUGUCUCAUCGAGCAUUCAGAGUAUAUUCGAGUUCAUCGUGAGGCUGUUAUAAAAUGUUUUUUUUUUCUCCUCUCUGAAUUGUUAAUGGCAGAAAAUUGCUUGAGCUUCAGUCUCAAACAAUACUGCUUUGCUGAUCCCUUUGGGACCUUAAAUUAGAUUUUCUAUAUUUAUUCUCUGUGUGCAAUCACAGAGAGACAGAGUAAGCCCUUAACACAGCUGAGUGCUUGACUAGUGUGAAACCUUUGACCCGUUGUACACUGAACCACUCCCCUGCACAAUGUCCCAUAGUCCCAGCACUCAUAAAACCCCCCAAAUACAAUUAAUUGAAGUUUCAAGGCCUCAGAUAAUCAAAGGUUUCACAUUUAUUUUAUUAGAAACAGCAAUUUUGUUUUUUAGCGGUAUCACAGGAGAUUUACAUUCAGCCCUCACCUGGGAGCAGAAUCGAUGAGGAUGACUGGUGAAGCCCUCUCUGAUCUCGUUUGGAGUUUCAGGUACAAAUCCUGCAGUGUUUCUGGUGUUCGUGUCAGUUCAGGCAGACGCUUUACCUUUGCAGGAAAGCUUGUUUGUUUCAAGCAGAUUCUUACCUGUGUUUCCAAUAAACGCCCUGAUGAUGUUGAGCACAU